AUGCGUGCCCUCGUGGCGCCGAAAUAUUGCAGGCCGGACGGAUACGAGAUCGCGCAGCUGCCGCUUCCGGAGCUCACGGAGCCCAAUCAGGUCCUUAUUCGAAUCUACUCAGCAGCCAUGCAGACAGGCGACUGCCAGUUCGCCAGCAGCAGCGCCAGGAGGUUCUUCUCUAUCCGCGCCACUGAUGCCGCCGACGCGUCUUGCAGGUUUCCCAUGAUCCUCGCGCACGAGGGUGCGGGCGUUGUGGCCGCGGUGGGUGCCGAGGUCAGAUCCGUCAGGGUGGGCGAUGCAGUGUAUGGGAUUGCACUCAAACGACCCAUGGGGCGCUUUUGGACUGAGCAGAGCGGGUGGUGUGCCGACUAUGCCGUGGCUACUGAAGACCUGCUGCUCCCUAAGCCGGCGCACCUGUCGUUUGAAGAAGCGGCCUCGUUGCUGGGCAGCACGUUGACGGCAAUACAGAUCACGCGGGCGGCGGUGGCGCUCAACCCAGCCGCGUUCCCGCGCCGGAGUCUCGAGGGCAAGACGGCGUUGGUGACGGCGGGGCUCGGGGCGGCGACGAGUAUAGCGUGCCAGGUGCUCAAGAAUGUCUACGGGGCCGGGGAGGUGAUCACAACGGUAUCGACGGCCAAGGUGGGGCUUGUGGCGGAGCUGAUGCCGGGCGUGGUGGACAGGGUGGUGGAUUACCAGAGGCAGCAUGUCGUCGACGAGGUUGGCAAGGGCAGGGUAGAUCUCCUGUAUAACUCGCGGCCGGAUCUGGCGGGCUACCUGCCGCUGAUGAAGCCAGGGCAGGGGGUGAUUGCUGCCAUCCUAGCGGUCCCGCCGUCGCAGGAGCUGAGGGCGUCGAUGGGACGUGAAUUUGUGCCGCUGUGGAUUUGCUGGAUACUGGACAUGGCCCAGGUGUGGUACUGGUGGAAGCUGUGGCGGACCGGGGUGAGGCUCACGUUUCUCUCGGGCAACCCUGGCGUGCGAGAGGCCGGGGAGAGGGCCGGGGAGGUGAUCUCCACGCGGAAGGUCAGGGCCGUCACGACGGUGGUGGCCUUGGACGACCUGGACAACGUCAAGAACAGGUGCGAAGAGGUCCGGACUCUGAAGGGCGGGGUGGGGAAGCUGGUGAUCAAGCUGGUGUAG